GCGUAAUUUAGAGUCAAAAAACGCGUUCCCAAACACAUUCCAUUACGACAAACAGAGAAGAUUCUAGAACUACAAAACAACGCAACCUUGCCUUUCCCUUUUUCUCUCAUUCUCUCUCCUUAUUAUCCCUACUUUCGUUUUUCUUCUUCUUCAAUUUCAAUCAAACCCUUUUCAAUUUCAACCCUAAUCUCUCUCUCUCUCUCUCCUUUGAUUUGAGCAUGGCAUCGAAACGGAUCCUCAAGGAGCUCAAGGAUUUGCAGAAGGAUCCACCAACAUCAUGCAGCGCAGGUCCUGUGGCUGAGGACAUGUUUCAUUGGCAAGCAACAAUCAUGGGACCUGCUGAUAGCCCCUAUGCUGGUGGUGUGUUUUUGGUUUCAAUUCAUUUUCCUCCGGAUUAUCCAUUCAAGCCACCAAAGGUUGCAUUUAGGACUAAGGUAUUCCACCCAAACAUCAACAGCAAUGGAAGUAUUUGUCUCGACAUUCUUAAGGAACAAUGGAGCCCCGCACUGACCAUUUCCAAGGUUUGAUUUUACUUGUUGUUCUUGAUAAUUAAUGAUUUGUUUGGAAAAUGGAGCAUGUUGAAUUUAUUUUCACAUGUCAAAUUUGUCUAUGCAUGUAUUUUGCACUCUUAGUAGUUCUAUUGAUACAGAUUACACUUGUCUCUUGGCGUGUUUAACAUGUUUGAUGUGUUACUUGUGUUGGUGUCAUUUUUUUGGGAAAGCUCAGUACUCUCAGUAGCAUUCAUAGAUUUGAAAAUCUAGCACAAGAAAAUAAUUCAUGAUUUGUUUACACUCCAGCUUUUAAAAGCACCGAAGAACUGUAUCUUUUUGGAAUAUUAGUUCACAAGAGUAAAAUUCAGAUUAGUUAAUAUUUUGAAUCUAAAAGUAGCUGAAUAUAGAUAUCUAUUCUCCGUUGACUUGAGAUAUAGUUUGUGUCACUUUGAUAAGUUGAUCAUAUGAUUGAUAGGAAU